CACCGGGGGGGGGGGGCGCGGAGCCCCUCUGACAGCCACUUCCGCCCGCGCAUGCGUGCCGCCCGCGCCGUCUCACGCCUGGAAGGACAAUGCGCCUGCGCGAGGGAGCGCUCUGCCAAACGCCGACCCGCCACAGCGCCCCCUGUCGAUCGUUCCUGGGCAGCGGGGCUCGGGAGGGGUGGCGAGCUGCUAACAGCCCUGCGAGGUGGUCCAGGCUCAGAAGGCUUCCAGGCUUCCCCACAGAGGGGAGUUUUUCCGCCUCUUUCCCGGGCCGGGUCUCUCUGCGGACGACUGUCUCCUGCCACCCCGGGGAUCCUUCUUCGGGGGUCCUGGGUUGGGGUGUCCCCGCCGCCCCGUCCGAAGUGGCUCGUUCGGCCUGUCCUGCCCGCCCACAACAGCUCUCGGCGGGACGCAGCACCGCGUGGCCUCCCGUCCUGUUCCUGGGCUGGGAUCGCGCUCCUUCUGCCCCUCCCGCGGCGGAGCUAAACUGGGCUCCGGGGUCCCGGCGGGUCUGGUCUAUUCCGGGCACAGCCAGGCGGUCCAGCCAGCCAGCCAGCCAGGCAGGCAGCGCAGGCUCGUCUCUCUAGGAUGCGCGGCGGCUUCGGGAUGCGGGCGGCGGCGGGGGUCGUGUCAGUAGCCCUGGUCCUGGCGGCCGCCUGUCUGCGGGGCGCCCUGCUGCAGUCCGCGGGGGCGGCCGGACAAAGGCGUCCCUUCUUCGAGCGGCUCCGGCGCCUGGAAGCCCAGUUCCGACAGUUUCAGGCGGUCACUCUGACGCACUUCCAGGAGACGGGGGAGAACUACAACCUUUCUCUCAACCUCAACACCAAGGUGGACCAACUGCUGCAGAAGCAGGAGAGGCUGCAGCUGGUGGCCAACGGGUCCCGGGCUUCCACCCAGGAGGAGCUACACCGCUUGCAGACUUGGGUGAAGAAGCUGGAGAGGAAGGGCGAGAAGCAAGCACUGAGGAUCCGAGCUCUGGAAGAGGCCUGGAAGGAGCAGGAGCAGCAGAAGCAGCAGGAGAGCCGCCUGUCCAACCUUACCCAGGAGCUCGAGAGCCACAGGGAGGACUUCAGGGACGUGGCCGCCCGCCAGCAGAGCCUGCAAAAGACCCUGCAGAGCCUGCAGGAUCUUCUCCACCGCCAGGGAAGCAAGCUGGGCAGCAUCAAGCGGAAGCUGAAGAGCCUUAAGCAGAAGGAGGCACUGCCCAGUCCUUGGACCGCAGCCCAUCCCUUUGGGUCAGAGGAAGCCUCGCAGGCGGCUGGAGGGCAGAGCCCCACCUUGAAGAAGCUGCGUGCCAAGCAUCGCCAGCUGGGGGGCCGCCUGGAGGCCCCGGCCGAGAGGGGCCCCCUUCUGGGCCAGGUGGCUUCCCACCUGCAGGUGGAUCCGGGCCCGGCCUCUUCCCCUCAGACCCCCACAGAAGAGCCCCCUGGCCCGGCCAAAGUCCCUGUGGGGGAGAAGCCUCCGGGAGGGACCCGGAAGCCAGGAACAAGGUGCAACGUGGGCGCCAUGCUGGUCUUCCCCAAUGCCUCCACCCAGAACUUCGCAGCCUUCCAGCCCAGCCUGCAGACCAGCUUGCUGGAGCUGAGCCUCUGCAGCUGGGUGAGGACCAGCGCCCGCUACCUGGGCACCAUCCUGUCUUACGCCACAGAGGAGAACGACAACAAGCUGGUGCUCCAUGGCAGGGAUGCUGCCCCCCGGAACGCCAUCCAUUUCGUGAUUGGAGACCCCGCUUUCCGGGAGCUGCCGGUGGGGGCCGUCUUGGAUGGCAGGUGGCACCACGCCUGCGUCAUCUGGUCCUCCCUCCAGGGGCGUUACUGGUUCUACCUGGACCGAAGGCUGGCCUCCCUGGGCACCAACUUCCGGAAGGGCUACGAGAUUCCACCCCAUGGGUCGCUCCUCCUUGGCCAGGAUCAGGACGUGCUUGGCGGAGGGUUUGAGUCCUCCGAGUCAUUCGUGGGGCUCCUGGCAGGCUUUGCCAUGUGGGACCGAGCGCUGCUGCCUGGGGAGGUCUCCAGCAUCGCCCUUGGAGAAGGCCUUCCCCGCGGAACAGUGCUCACCUUGGCCAACGUCUCCAUGCUCAGCGGUUCUGUACGGAAGGUGGAUUGCACCUGCCUCGAGCACUGCCUACAUUAAUUUGCUUCCUUCUUACAUUUCUGAAGCCGAUGCUGGCUCCCUGCCUUGCUUAGCUUGUGUAACGCAUAUUGGAGUUUCAUUUCGUGGUUUUGACUUGAAGCAAUAAAUAUUUAUUCAAGACCUCGGACCUUCCUCUCUUUCUAUCAGAUAAGUAAAAAAUGUUCAUUGUGAUGGAGUUUAAAAUCUUGAAUUUCUCUCCUUGUUUAAAAUGAAAAAAGCCAGAUUGAACGCUGGAGACCAGGCAUCGCCCGCCAGCAGCCUUGGCUCCGUCUGAGGGGCGCCGCAGCUGGGGAGCCCGCAGGAGGAGGGCCGGCCCUGAAAGCGCUGCUCCUCCAGGUGGCUGCUGGGCGCCCUUUGGGUCCCUCCAGAACGUCCCUUCCCCGCAACGCCCCACCUCGUCCCCCGUCAAAAGCCACCACCGCGGAAGGGGCAUCUCCCCGUCCGUCGAGGGCGGCACCGGGCGGCCGAGCCGAGGGAACGCGGGCGCCUCCUCCCCUCCCCUCCCCUCCCUGGCAAAGGCUGCGGCGGGGAGUCCGCGAGAGCCCAGCCGGGGCCCCAGCCUGCGAAAGCCCGGCCCUCCGCGGUCGAGAGCAGGCACCGCCGGACCCUGAG